UUCGAAGCCUUUUGGUCUAAAAAGUGUUUUAAACGUGAAGUGAUAGCUUCAAUUAUCAAUCAAGAAAAAUGUCUCGCUAUCCUCACAACGCUUUGUUGAUGAUUAGGUUUGAGAAUUAGGCAACAACGCCAGCAAGCAGAAGGUUGGGAUUCGCUAAGAAACGUGUAGAUUGCUAGCAGUCCAUCCGGAUUAUAGAAGAUGUCCUGGAUGCAGAGGAUUCGGCCAUUACGGGAAGAACAAUCUGCAGCAAACAAUCGUGUCGAACUGCUUACCGGCAAGGGUGGUCGUGGUUUUCGCGGUGGUGGUAGUGGUAGUGGCGGACCACCGCAUGACAAAGGAGGUUGUGGUAACUUCCAUCCGGACGACAGAUGCUGCGAGUGUGGAGAGCGAGGUCAUUAUGUCCGAGAUUAUACUAAAGGACGCAAGAGAUCUCGGAGCCGCAGUCCACGUUCGCGCUCUCAUGAGCUCCGAGCUCAUUCCAAGAACUACAGCCAAAGCCAUGAAAGUUCCGCGAACGCCGUACCCGAUCGAACACACCGAGGAAGACUCACUCACUCCUGGAGCCGCUCGCAAACACCUCGCUCGGCAACCAGAUCACGCUUCAGAUCCCAUUGUCACAAUGGCGGCAACUAACAUCACGAUUAAACGAUUUGUCUUCAGUUUCGAGCGCCGUGCCACCACUAGCACUUUGUCCACGGAACUACGCGACUGCUAGAAAAUUAGUCCAGGAAUUAGCCGUCUGAAAAGACCAAAUAAUACACCUUGUCCAAGACAGAAUUUUUGCAGUUUUCUAGUUCUUUGAGCAGCUUCCCCAAACCAUAUAGAAACUUAUAGAAGCGUAUAUAAUAUCAGUUCUUCCAUUCGUAGAAAAAUAAAGUUACUUUUCCUUGAACUGAAAAAUAGUUUUAGGUACCAUGUUAUAGUAAACAUUAAU